AUGGCCGGAGGCGGCGGGUGCGUCCUUGCAACCCGGCUCGGCAAUGGCGUAUGCGACGACGGCUCGCCGUUUUCCGGCGGUGAUGCGGCUGCCUCGCCGGUGGUCGACCUUCGGUGCCAUGCCUGCGACGGCGGCGAUUGCUCGUCAUGCGGUUGUUCCGCGGCAUGCUCGGCCCAUGGCGUGUGCAUCGACGACUCGCGCUGCGUCUGCGCUCCUGGUUGGGCUGGCCCAUCCUGCGCCCUCGCCGCCACGUCCUGCGCGCCAGGCGUUCCGGCCGCCCUCACCGCUGCAUCGGGCUCGUUCCGUGUCGGCGGCGACAUCCCGCCCGGCGCGGCCUGCGGCUGGCUCAUCCGCCCCGCUUCAGCCGCCGCCCAUCACCUCCUACGCGUUUCACUGGCAGACAUCGAGCUCGACCGCCGCUCCACCGUCCGAGUCUACGCCGGCUCGCGUGCAGCCGACGGUGCCGACGCCCGUCUGCUGGCGGCCAUUCCGCUGGUCCCGGGCGCAACAAGUGAUCCUGUCGUCGUCCACGCUCCGGUCUCCGGCGCGUCAAUUGUGUUCUUCGGCGCUCACUACCAGCAUACCGCCGCCUCGGGCUUCACGGUGUCGUGGGCUGUUGAGGCCGCGUCGGCCGCGCCCCCAGCCUCGGGUCCUGCACUCUGUGCGCCCAAGACCGCCGUCGCCGUCUCGCAAGUCACCUCGACUGGCUCGGUUGACCUCGACGCCGCCACCUCGAUUGGCCCCGGCGAGUCGUGCGUCUGGCUGCUGAGCGGGCCGGCCGCCUCUGUUCUCAGUUUUGAGCUCUUGACGCUGCAGACGGUUGCUGGAGAGGUUGUCGUCCGCCUGCGCGACGGCAGUAGUCCGGAUGGGACUAUCCUGAUGGAGGCGACCGGCUCGGCCAUUUCCGGCACCAUUCCGCCGGCAUCGGGCGCCACCGCUCGACUUGAAAUCCUCGCCGCCGGUGAGCUUUCGGCGCUGCCGGUCGUCAGCCUCGGCUUCCGAGCCAACUCUGGCGCUCCACCUGGACCUGCUCCGCCACCGGCGCUCUCGACCGCCGAUGGUGACCACUGCUACGGCGUCCAGGUCUUGACCGGGUUGGUAGGCGAGAUCGCCAACCCAUCGGGUUCGGCCACCACUUACCGGCCGAAUGCAAGGUGCGCGUGGGUUGUGACGCCGACCAUCUGCGCCGGCACCCUUCAGGUCACCAUCGACGCCACCGCCACCUCCCUCGUCCACGGUGGCGCCGUCCUGCGCAUCCUCGACGGUCCGGUCAGUACCGACGCCCAGAUUGUCGAGUUCUCCGGCAACGCGUCGAGUUUGCCCGCAGAGGCGCUGGUUUGGCGAGGGUCGGGCCCGAGCGUUCGCAUCGAGUUUGAAUCGGGGCCUGAGCCCAACGUCGACGCUGGAUUCAAGGUCUCGUGGGACUGCCUCGGCAGCGACACCAAUAGCCAGCAGUACACUCUACCGCGGCAGGUCGCCGACGACCACCGCGUCGUGCUCCGCCUUGCCAUCCACGACUCUGCCGCGACCUCGGAGCCGUUCCUUGCAAGCGACAACGCGUCGUGGAACGUGACGUCGAUGGCAACUGGCAAGGUCCUGCUCUCCUCGACCAUGCUCGCGGGCCUCAGCGCGUCGCCGACCGACGAGCCGCGCGGCGACUCUCUACUUGCCGCUAACUUGCCGGCUGCAGGCGAUUUUCUCCUUGGCUCCAUGGCUGCCACCGCAACCCACGUUGCCAAUCCGUGCAGACUCACCGAGGUGCCGACCGUUGCCUCGCUUGGUGCCAUCGGCACCGCCCUCAACAUCUCUUGCUCGGUCGUUGUCCCCUCGGCCGCACUUGAUGCCUUUGUCCUCACAGUUGCCGGCCGCAUCGCCGAGCCCACAUGCGGCUCGGUGAGCGACAACGCCGCCAACGAGGAGCGGCUCGGUGACGACCCAUGCACCCGCAACACCACCGACAAUUCGCUCGAGUGCUGCAUCUACGACACCCACUUUGCCGAGGACUACUCGGCGCUCAUCUAUGAUGUCACCGUCGACGAGACCGUCUGCUGCACCGCAAGCGCCUCGAUGUACAACGCAUCGUCGCCGGUCUGCGCCGGCAACUACUCUGUCCCCUGCGAGUCGACCACCACCGCUGCUCUCUCGGUUGUCUACGAGGCGACCGGCCUCUCGCGAGUCAUUGCCCAAUCCGCCGUGAGUAUCGCCCACCUCGGCUACGGCUCUGCUGUUGUCCAGGCCUCGCCUGAUCCCGCUGCGACCGCGGUCGGCACCGCUGACGCGAGCCUCGUUGUUGCCCUCGACCUGAGUCCGGACGACUCGUCAAUCAGCGCGUCGUGGACAAUUGACGGCGGCUCGAGCUCGUUCACCGCUGGCCCGGCGCUCUGCCCGCCCAACUCCGCCAUCGACGGGCAGGAUGCGAGCUUUGCGCGCCUCUGCAACAUCACCGUCACGUCCGGCACCUUGUACAACUUUACGCUCACCGUCUCGCCGCCGUCGGCGCUCCGCAGCUACAGCCUGUACGCAGUCUCAGACGGGCCGUACGUGGUGGCCGAAGCCGAUGGCUCUGGAUUCAGCGGCUCCGAAUCGGUUGAGUUUGUGGUGAGCAACCGGUGCCGCGGUUUGGCGACGCUGACCGGCGCCGAUGCCUCCCGUGGCAUCGUCACGGCUCAUCUGCCUGCACGCACUUUCAAUCAACUCGUGGCGCCCGGCGCCGCUGGCGACGUGCUCACCGUCUACGACGGCCCGGACGAGCGGUACCCUGUUCUUGGCGUCCUCGACGCCUCAAAUAUUGUGGAUAGGAGCAAUGCUGGCUCGGCAGUUCUUCCUGCACUCGCCACCCGCGCCACGGCCUCGCGGAUGCUGGUUGUCGCCACCAGCUCGAGCGGCCAGGCCACAGCGCCAGUGCUGAGCUUCGAGUACACUUUCCGCGACGCAUCCAGCGUCUGCGCAAGCCGGAGCCAGUCGACAUGCGCGUGCUCGCAGCACGUUGCCUGUGGGUGGUGCCCCGGGACGGGAGCAUGCGUGCCUGUGGCCGGCAGCGCCUGUGGUCUCGAUGCGCAAGUCUGCACGGUCACCCUCAAUUCGGGCGCAACCGUGAGCGAGCUCUCUGCUGCACUCAGUGCCGCGCCGCGGCAUGCCACCACUGCGCUCGUCGAUGUGGUGCUUCCUGACACCCACGCAGGCUGUCUGUCCGACGGGCUCAUGCUCGACGGGGUGCUGGGCGGGCCCGAGGUGCGGAUUCGCGGCAAUGGGCCGGCGACGACAACUCUAGACUGCUCCGGCACCACUGGCGGAGCGCGUGCCUUUCGCGUUGGUGGCUCGGCGCGAGUCACGCUCGCCGACAUGACGAUCACCGGCUGCUCAGCAUCCGGCGCAGGUGGCUCGCUGUGGAUCGACAGUGGCUCACUAACGCUCUCGAACGUGGUGGUGUCCACGUCGCAGGCAAGCGGCUGCGGCGGAGGCGUUGCCGUCUCGGGCUCAGGCUUUGCCAGCUUCAUCAGCGGCUCGCAAAUUGUCUCAUCAACCGCGGCUGGACACGGCGGUGCCGUCUGCAUCUCCGGCCCCGCCGCCUCGGCCAAGCUGCAAGACACCACGCUUCAGGCCAAUACUGCGGGCGGCGACGGCGGUGGCCUGUACGUCGGCGACGAAGCGUCUGUGGCGGGCGGUCUGGAGGACCUCACUGUCUCGAACAAUACUGCCGGCGGAAGUGGCGGCGGCAUUGCGCUGCACGGCGUCUCGGGCGCUCUCGCCCGCUCGACGCUGAACGGCAACUCUGCAGGUGUCGAUGGCGGCGACUUGGCGGUGGACGGCAGCGGUUCGGUCUCGAUGGACACCUGCACCUGCGGCGCCGGCUCUCUUGCUGUCCGUGGCGGAGCACUGGCGGCCACCAAUGCCACGGUGGACCUCUUGGGCGCAAGCACGAUUUCGGGCGCGAGCGCGUCAGUGAGCGGAGGCGGAAUUUGGGCCACGUCCGGGGCGACGGUCACUGUCGCCGCAGGUGUCACGCUCUCGUCCAACACAGCCGACAGCGGCGGCGGCCUCGCGCUUGCGGCGUCGAGCACAGCCACACUCACUGGCGUCACUGUUAGCAGCAAUACCGCAAGUGGGCCCAGAGGUGGCGGCGGCGGCAUUGCAGCCGCUCACUCGAGCACGAUCAACCUCGGCGCCGGAACAAGCGUCAGCUCGAACUCCGCCAGCGUCGGGUGCGGCGGUGGACUGGCGCUAAGUAGCGGAGCGAGUGUCGACGUGGCAGCGAGCGUGACCACGAACGCCAACUCUGCAGCGGACGGCGGCGGUGGGCUCUGCCUCGCCGGCACAGGAACGAGCGCGAGCCACAGCGCGGCAAGCUGGCGGCUGGAGGGCAACAUGGCGAGCGGCCCGGGCGGCGGCGCGGUUUUGGUCACCUCAGGCGCGAGCUGGACGGCGGCAGGCAGUGUGCUAGCGGGAAACUCUGUCGUAGGGGCCUCGGGCAGCGGUGGGAGUCUGUUGGCGGUAGGCUCAGGCUCGUCUGCAAGCCUCAGCGGUGCGAGCUUGGUGGUGCUCUCGCGGGCAGCGUUUGGCGGCGGCCUUGCGGUGAGCGCCGGUGCCACGCUGGCGGUCUCCGGGAGUGCGCGGAUCGAAGGCUGCACGGCCAGCCGGAGCGGCGGAGGGCUCUGGGCGGGCGGACUUGGUAGCGAGCACGGCGGCGAGAGCGGAAGCGGGACGGUGACUCUGAACGGGGCUCUGGUGACCGGCAACGUUGCCAGCGAGUACGGCGGCGGCCUGUGGCUGCAAGCUGUCGGCGUGGCGUCGGUGACCGGCGCCACGUUCCACAACAACAGCGCCGGGAGCAGCGGAGGAGGGCUUGGCGCAAGCGCGUCGUCGGGCGUGGCGGUGAGUGGCACAACUCUUACCGCGAAUGUGGCUAGUCAGCGCGGCGGCGCAGUGUUUGCACUCGAGGCCGAGGUGUCUGUGAGCGGCGGGCUGAUGAGGAGCAACUCGGCGGGCGUGAGCGGCGGCGGGCUGGCGGGCGGCUCGAUGUCGGUUCUCGCGUUGACUGGCGGAGUGCUCGUGAGCCACAAUCGGGCCGGGCAAGCUGGCGGCGGCAUAGCUGCCGCCGAUGGCGCAAGUUUGCGGGUGACUGGGCCGUCUGGCGCAGCUAUUGAGCACAAUGUGGCGGUGCUCGGCGGCGGGCUGUACGCGGUGCGUGCAGCGGCUGUCGAUCUGACGUCGGCCUCUCUCUCGCACAACGUUGCGAGCAAGGCCGGCGGCGGCGCGCACGUCUCGCUGCUAGAGAGCGUACUGGUGCUUGCGGACACGGCGGUGGUCAACAAUACUGCACCGUGGCGUGGCGGUGGCGUGUUUGCGUACGGGUGCUCUGUGGCAGUGAGUGGAUCGGCGGUGGUGAGCAACAACGGAGUGGCGCAGGCAACCUCGUUGCCAGAGUUGGUGCCCGGCGAUGACGUGCACGAGCCAGAGAGCGUGUCUGGCGCAGGUCUCGGCGGCGGUGUGUACUGCCUGUCGGACGUGGCCGAGCUGGGCGUGCCGGUGCUGGGCGUGAGCGGAGCGUCGGUGGUUGUUCGGGAGAACAACGCAACGUUCGGCGGCGGGCUGUUCGCGGAUGGAUGCGCGCUGAAUGUGAGCUCGGGCGCUACGGUGGAAGACAACGGUGCAACUGUGGACGGCGGUGGGCUGUUUGGGCGCGUGGCGACAGUGAGCGUGAGCGCGAUCACUUGCCGUGGUAACUUUGCCGGCGGCGCCGGCGGGUGCCUGGUGGUUGACCACGGCACCUCGGGCUCAGUGACGAGCUCGACGCUGCGCAACAACGUUGCGGUUGGCCCGGGCGGGGCCGUGCAUUGGCGCGACUUGGCGCAGCCGCUCACCGAGGCGGGCAACACGUUUUCGGGCAAUGCUGCUGUGUAUGGGCCGGAUCACGCAACGCAUGUGGCGCGGCUGCAACUCCUCUCGGAGCCCCCGAACAUUCCAUACGCGUCCGGGCUCGAGGUGGCAGAUCCGUGGGUGCUGGGCCUUGUGGACUUUUACGGGCAGCCUGCGGUGACAGCGAACGCGCUGGUGACGCUGACAGUGCCAAACGCGGUAGUUCGUGGCGGAGUCGAGUCUGCGGUCGCUGGUGUGGCGCGGUUUGGCAAGGUUGCGGUGACAGCAUACCCGGGCAUUCCGCAGAACAUGACGUUUUCGAUCCGGUCGCUUCCGCUUGUCACGCCUGCGCUUGACUCUAUCAUCAUCCGGGCGUGCCUUCCGGGCGAGUUUCUUGUGGGAGAGAUUUGCCUGCUGUGCGAGACUGGGACGUACUCGGACGUGCCCAACGCGCCGCGGUGCUCCAAGUGUGCACCGCGGACGUAUGCGCCGAACCAGGGCAUGGCGGCGUGCCUCCCGUGCCCGCCAGGCACGUUUUCGGACGUCGAGGGCCGGUCGUCGUGCUCCGAGUGCGAUCCAGGGCGGUUCUCCAAGGGCAACGUGACGCGGUGCUCCGAGUGUCCCGAAGGAACAUACCAGCCGCGGCGCGGUUCGUCGUCGUGCUGCCUCUGCUCGAGUGGGACGUGGAAUCCGCGGACGGGGCAGACCGAGUGCGAGCCGUGCAAGGCCGGGACGUACACGUUCAACCCGCUGCUCGAGUGUGUGCCGUGCGACUUGUCGAGCUCAUCGUGCGAGCUUGACCUCGUGAAGGCCAAUCCGGGCUUUUACCGGUUUCUUGUGGAGAAAGAGCAGGAAGAGGUGGAUCGGCUGGGCAACUCUGAUGCGACGGUGGCACGGAUGCUCAACGAGUCGGUGGCUGAGCUAUGCGGGGCGGAUGUGAAUGGGACAACGUUCCAGACGAACCAGCCGCAGUUCCAGGUGGUGACGGGCGCCAAAUUUGACGUGUUCUUUGGCAAGUGCGAGACCUCGCUCUGCCGUGGCGACAACGAGUGCGCGCCGCACCACACCGGCGAUUUGUGUGGCAGUUGCGUGCCGGGCUUCAAGCUGACGGCCGGUAAGUGCGUCGAAUGCAAGGAGCCGAAUGUGAUGGCCAUCCUGAUUGCCGGUGUUGUGCUGCCUCUGGCGUUCACCUGGUUCAACUUUUGGUUUGCCUCGGCGUCGUCGGGCAACACCAAGAUCAUUGUGUUCUUUGGCCAGAUGUUCGGGUUUCUCAUUGCAGCGUUCCCGCGGCGACAGGCGGAGGACGCCAACACGUGGACGCUCUUCUCGGCCUCGCUCGACUCGAUUCCGGACACGUGCAUGAUGCCGCUCUCGAUCUACCAGAUGUUUAUCAUCAAGAUGUUUGUUCCGGUGUACUUUGUUAUGCUCCUGCUGCUGGUGUGGAGCUUUGAGCGGCUGCUCCACAGGUGCAUUGACCUGUACGGUGAGAAAAAUCCCGAGAUCGCGGAGCUCAAGUGGGAAGAUGAAGCUGAGGAGAGAGUGAUUCUUCUGGCGGCCAAAGCGGCGAUGCUUCGGAUCCAUAUGCGCGGGAUGGAGGCAGAAGACAACGUCAUGGCGGCGACAUCGGUGGGCACAGUCGCUGGCGUGUCGAUGUCGAAGCACAAGUCGAAGAAGAAGAAGAAGGACCACAGCCGCAAGAAGCGCAAGGCGAAGCGGAAGCGCAAGUCAUCUUCGACUAUGUCAAGUACCAGCUCCAGCUCGAGCAGCUCCAGCUCGAUCGGAAGCUCGGCCUCAAGCUCGAGCUCGAGCACCAGCUCCAGCUCGAUGUCAAUGUCGCAGGUGCGGGCAGUGGCUGCCGACGGGGUGGCGCUGGUGGCUAUGAGCGAGGAGACGCCGGUGAAUGUGGGCGAUGCGAGUACGGUCGGGCGUGGCCGGCAAGGAUGGAGUGCAACCGGAACGUCGACAGCGUCAACGGCGUCGUCCGACUCGAGAUCACCAUGUGAGACGUCGUCGAGCUCUUCGGCGACGUCCGGCGAUUUGUUUGGGCCGCAAGCGUGGCGGGCUGUGGUCGAACAGCAAGAGGAGGAAGGUGACGACAAGGUCGGGCUGGCUGAAUCGUCGCUGGCGGUGGUGAUGCACAACCCGAAACUGCGGGAGCAGCGACUGGCCGAGGUGGAGCGCGAGCUUGCCAGCGCGGCUGUUGUGGCCAAGCAGGCGUCUGUGGCUGUGUCACAUCACGGGUUCUCGCCAAAGCGGAUGGUGCAGGCGAAGCUCGGAGCGCUGUCGAUCAACGAGCGGUUCCGGCGUGCACUGUUGAUGAUUGUGCUCUUUACGUACACACCGACGAUGAAUUUGAUUCUGGCGAUGCUUCGGUGCCGCGCGCCCUUCCCGGAGGAGGAACACGAGCAGCUGCUUGUGGCGGACGUGACGGUGCAGUGCAAGGACAAGAACGGGGCGUGGAACCCGCAGUACUUUCGCUAUCGGGUGGUAGCGUUUGUGCUUGCGGGGCUGUACGUGUAUGCUCUGCCUGUGGCGCUGAUGCUUGCGCUUGUGGUGCAGCGGAUUCGGCGAAGGUGGCUUCCGCAGUGGGCCCAUGGCAUGCUUGGCAUGUUGCUGUUUCCGUUUGAGCGGGCGUUCUUCAUGUGGUCGCCGUGGCUAGAGUUGCGCAAGACGCUGGUGGUGUCUGUCCUUCAGCUCUCGGGCGAGGAGCCGGACUUUACGCGGAUGCUCUUGCUUGUGCUCUUUACCUUUUUCGCUAUCUUACACCUCAUGUUUCGGCCAUACCUCGACUCUGCGCUGGACAUGCUGGAGACGCUGACGCUUCUGAUGCUGCUGGUGACCGCAAUGCUGGCGACGGUGGCGUGGACGCAGUCGGAGACGGCGCUGACAGAUAGCGAGGCAAACCAGCUCGCGUUUGUCCUCGAGUACUUUCCGUACGGCAUUAUCGCGCUCUGCGUCCUGUACAUUCUGUGGUCGCUCUUGCACCCGCACCUUGACCGCAAUGUGUUUGGCCGCAAGCUCACACCGAAUGCCAAGCGCGAGGCUGAGCGCGAGGCCAAGCUCGAGCGGGCGCGGCAUGUUCUCCAUCCGGCCCAUGACGCUGAUGACGCACAGGGCGCCGAAGACGUCGAUGACAUCCUCAAGGCGCUCGACGAGGUCAUGCUCCACGGCGAUGGCCUGCUCGACAGCGUCGACGAUCUCGCCGCGCUUGCUGUGGCUGGCGCCGCGGAUGCCUCGGCGUCAUCAACGCGCAGCCGCAGUAGCAGCGGCGGCGGCGGCUCGCUCACUUUCAUCACUGCAUCGACCGACGAUGACGACGACGGCGGCGAUAGUGGCGUGCCAUUUGCAAGUGUCCAGCCGUCGACCGACGACAAUGGUUUCAACGGCGGGUCGUCGUCGACUGAUAUGUCAUCGCAGCUGGAUUUGACAGGCGGCGGACAGUAUGUGGUGUGACAACACAAGCGAUUUAUACAGUCAUGAGAUCGAUGGAUGGCGUGGGUGGGUUAUAUAGAUUACAAGAAGCUUGGCGCGC